CUCCUCCUCUCCCGCUGCAAGCGCUGCUCCUCUUCAGAUCAAGGUUGAAGGAGUCGUAUCGGACCCGGACCAGAACACACAAGGACCACAACCGGGAUAGACCUGAGCUGGACUCUCUGGUAUCUCUGUUUCAGCUCAGUUUGAUUGAACCCUCCCUGGUUGGGUUUGGGUCUUUUUUUUCUCUUUUGCGGUUCUUGGAUCUUGUUCUUUCCCGGUUGUGACCAACAUGGGCUGGAACCCGAACCGGAUCAGAGAGAACCGCACAGGGUUGUGAACGCAGGACCCCGGCCGUGCGCGUGAAUGAAGAGAUGGAGCGAAAAGUCCUGAGUCAGGUGGUCUGUGUGUGUUUCCUGCUGAGUGGACGAGUUUCCUCAGUGGAACUGACCUGUGAGACUCUGAUCCUGCUGUCCACCAACCUGACAGCGAGGAUGUUGGUGUUGCUGAACCAGACGUUCAUCAUCAGCAACUCAUCAGGUGUGUACUGUGACCUCUCUGUGGACGGCAUCGGGACCUGUUGGCCUCGUAGUGCAGCAGGAGAGCUGAUCUCCAGACCCUGUCCGGAACAGUUCAAUGGCAUCCACUAUAACACCACCAACCGGGUCUACAGAGAGUGCCAGUCCAACGGAACCUGGGCUCCUCGAGGGAACUACAGUCAGUGCACUGAGAUCAUCGUUCUGAGGAAAAGUAAAGUUCAUUAUCAUGUGGCCGUGAUCAUCAACUACCUGGGUCACUGCAUCUCUCUGGGAGCUCUGCUGCUCGCCUUCACGCUUUUCAUGAGACUCAGGAGCAUCCGCUGUCUGAGGAACAUCAUCCACUGGAAUCUGAUCUCAGCCUUCAUCCUGAGGAACGGCACCUGGUUUAUCGUGCAGUUAACCAUGAAACCCUCGGUUACCGAGAGCAACCAGGUGUGGUGCAGGAUGGUGACUGCAGCCUAUAACUACUUCCAUGUGACCAACUUCUUCUGGAUGUUUGGUGAAGGAUGUUACCUGCACACUGCUGUGGUCCUCACUUACUCCACUGAUAAACUCAGAAAGUGGAUGUUCAUCUGCAUCGGCUGGGGUAUCCCGUUUCCCAUCAUCGUGGCGUGGGCUUUUGGGAAGCUGUACUAUGACAACGAGAAGUGUUGGUUUGGGAAGAAGGCAGGUGUUUAUACGGACUACAUCUACCAAGGUCCAAUGAUCCUGGUCCUACUGAUUAACUUUGUCUUCCUGUUCAACAUCGUUCGGAUUCUGAUGACCAAGCUGAGGGCGUCAACCACCUCAGAGACCAUCCAGUACAGGAAGGCGGUAAAGGCCACUCUGGUGCUGCUGCCUCUGUUGGGAAUCACCUACAUGCUGUUCUUUGUGAAUCCUGGAGGAGAAGAUGAAGUGGCUCAGAUCGUCUUCAUCUACUUCAACUCCAUCCUGGAGUCUUUCCAGGGUUUCUUCGUCUCUGUCUUCUACUGUUUUCUCAACAGCGAGGUGCGCUCCACAGUGAAGAAGCGCUGGAUGCGUUGGCACGAUCGUCACUCCAUCCGCAGCAGGACAGUCCGCGCCACAUCACUGCCCACGUCUCCCAGCAGAGUCUCCUUCCACAGCAUUAAACAGUCCUCCAACCUCUGACACACUGCAUCGUCCAAUCACAGCCCUUGAUGUGGACCACCCCAACCAGUCAGAACUCUACACCUCGACUGGAUCAGAGCUGCCAAUCACAGUGCAGGACACACAUGACGGAAGAAGAUCUGUCAGUCCAGAACCUAUCUGUCAUAUUUUCAAGUGCUGACCAAUCAUUGGACUCAACGAAUCAGCUGCUUUUAAAGGGUCACAUGACACUGCAGGCAGCUAUGUUUCUGUUAUUAAUCAAUAUGUAUUUAUUGAUCAGUUCUAUCUAUGCUUAUAAUAUUGAUCACCAGUUUUCUUCUCCUGCCUGCCAGCAGGGGGUGCUGCUGAACAUGUAAGGUCUUGUUCUUUGGUUUGUGUUGCUGUGGACCAUAAAGACUAACCUUGGCUCUGUUCUGCUGCAUCAAAGCACAAACUUCUCCUAAAGGUUCAGAACACUGAACACAACAAACGGGUCGCUGCUGAGUUUGGAAUCACUUUGAGGAGAAAGUUUGUUUCCAACCCUGAGUUACAGAAACAAGGAACGUGUCAGAGAUUAAAUUAUUCUGACUCAAUAAUCUGUAAAGAGACAAGAAACAGUUUGAACUAUUAGGAUCAAAUAUUAUCUGCAGUCUGCAUCAAACUAACUCAAAACUUGUAGAACCCGCUUCUGCAUCGGGUCUUCUCCUCUUCCUCCCCAACUGCUCUGCUUCCUGCUGAUAAAAUCCAGCUGUUCACUGUUUCCUGUUGGUUCCUGGUUCCUCUUCAUGAACCUGAAUGAUUCUGGUACAUCCAGUCUCCAUCAGGUCUCAGUGACCUUCAGCAGCACACCACCAGAUGUCCAUCACCAACUGUGACUGCGGAUCUAAUGCUAAAUAAAGUUUUACUGUUUGGUUUCAGAAUUUUGCUAAAAUUGUUUCCGUGGGAAGGUUCUGGGUCAACAAUGACUGAGUCCAGAACUGACCUGAUCCAAACUGCAGGGAGGUUCCGCUUCAGAGAGUCAGAACAGGGUUUUAUGAUUUCAGAUUCAAAUUCUCUCUCAGGUUUCCCAUCUACUUGUCUGUUACGUGUCCAUCAGGUCCCGCAGGAUGUGAUGUCACUCCUUGUUUCCUGUGACAGAGAUCCCCGGUCAUCAUCCAGAAAUAAACUGAGAUCCAGUGUGAAGCUUUUCAUUCUGCUCCUUCAUCACACCAUGUCAUAUACUAUACGAAUGCAGUAUUAUUACAGUGAUACUACCGUGGUAUUACAGUAACAUGACAGUGUUAUUGCAUAAAUAUUGGCAUCAUUACAGUAAUAUUCUGCGUUAUGAUGUAACCACCCAAUCCCACCUGAUUCUAUGAUCAUUGUGGUUUUUGCAUCAACACUGUUUACAUCACAUUUAUUCUCAUAAACUGUAUGAUAUUUGUGCUCGUUUGGGCUCAGAUGAGUCCAUUAUUCAUUUAACUAACCAGGCCAGUUCUGGUCAGUCCUGCGAAAACUGAUAACCAUAGUAACCUUACAGUAGUCAGUAGGUGUUUAGAAAGAAACUCAGGAAGAAACUUCUCCUCCUCCUCUUCCCUGGACUCUGUUCCUGUGCCUAGUGGUAUGAUCAUCAACCUAAUGACUGAUUAAAAGCUGCUGCAUUUACUCUAUGAACUCUGUGUUGUUGCUGAUGUCACAUUAAACUUCUUGUAAAGGCCUUUUCAAGUGGGCUCAGCUCCCUGAGCAAGACCCUUAGCCCCAGAAUGCUCCCGGCGCCGCACAACGGCAGCCCAUUGCUCCCUAUAAGGGACGGGUUAAAUGCAGAGGACAAAUGUUGUUGUAAUGUAUAUGUGCAAUGACCAAUAAAGAUGA